CCAAAAUGGAUGCCCUCCUUAGCAGUUAUUGCUAUACAUCCCUUUACAACUCCACCCCCAACUAAGUCACUAAACCCAUUCCUAAUCCCCUGCCUGGCAGCUUUGUCCCGCCCCUGUCAUGCACCCUUUGCCAGCAUGCACUGUCCUGGGUUUCACUUUACCUAGUGAUUAAGAUUUUUCACCUUCCUUUUACAAAUCCGAUAAUACAGUACAGUAAUAUCAUAGAUACCUAAAUUAGUGCAUGCUCUGCUGGGAGUAGAAGAGGGUUGAUCACACACAAUUGUACAAAAAAAACUAUAUUUAUAUUUUUUUAAGGCCACAAUUUAAUAGUUUCAGCCCCAUGGGAUGUGACCAUAAAAAUUCACUUCUUCUAUAUCAAAGACUGAAUUCGCCUCCCACAUCACAUUAACUGAAGACUACAAAACCCUAAAUAUUUCCAGAGAUAUCUCAGCACACAUGCAGUAUAAUGCCACUAAAAAAGUAAGUGAAACAUACAUGAUAUGAUCCAAAAGAAAGCAUUUAGUUUUGUCCUUCAACAAGUUCUUCAACCUACAAAUACUAUACUUGACAAACAUGUUCAGUCAUGAAUGUCAGGGACCCCUUCCACAAGGAAAAACAACUAUCACAGUGAUACACAAAGACCCUAAGUCAUUUGCUAACUACAGACAGAUCUCCCUUUUAAAGAAGAAAAAUAUUUGCAAAUAUAUCUGAGCAAAAACAACUGACACCAAUCAUGUCGCAUUUUAUGCCCCCAAAUACAACUGGUAUCAUAAAAUCAGCCAAGGAUCAGACAACACUAAAAGGCUCCUAAGCCUUACAGAAAUAGACACGAGAAUUUACAUUCCAGCCCUGAACACAACAGGCUGUCCACAUGAAGAAUUACUGAUACUGUUGGAGGCCCCAAAAGUCUAUGAUAUGAAUGGCCCUAUCCAUUGAGUGUUUGCUGCCUGACCUGAUUCAGUUAUGAAAUGGAACACACCAAGGGUGCCCACUGUGACCUCUCUGCAUCCUUUUUUCUAAUAUAGAGAAACUGCCAAACCCAGAAACUUCCUAAUUCACAGAGGCACAGAAUACCAAGCAUGACCAGUGCCUUGGGCAUUAAAGACAAAUGAUCAAAAUAGAAAAUAUGGAAUGCUAAAAAGAAGGAGGCCUGGAGAUGCAGGAGAAUGCUGAACCAUCUACAGUGUUCUCCUGCAUAUGGAACUAAGUAUAAAUUAAAUUAUCCUAAGCCGAAUCAUAAACAACCCAACAGAUUCAACCAAUUCAGUAAAGUUAUCUUGAUCCCGGAAUCUAGAACAACACCCCCAAGCACCUUUGAUGGAGUUUCACCCGAUGUCCCUCUAGCCAAGGAGGUUCAGUCACAUUUUAUCACAGUUGCAUAGAGUUCUGAUGCCUUGCCUAACAUAAACUAAAAGCGGAUGCACCUGAUGUAUUUCCACGUAUUUAACUCCAUCAUCUUGAGCUUCAUGAAAGGCAGAUAGCCGAAUACUAUGAGCCUUAUGCCCAAAAUGCACUCUUAAACUUGAACCCCUGUUUUACACUGAACCAAGAAUAUAUUCUACUUUCCGAAGCAGAGAGUUUAAAACACCAUGGACAAUUGUAUUUGCAAAUCUUUAAAUGCCCAACUGUUGACUGUUGAACUCGUAGACAAUGCAUCAACACCAGCACAAAGUAGUGUCCAUUUUAGUAAAUUGCCAGCAAGUUGCAGUAUGCACUAUAUCCCCUGUAUUUGUGUUGGAAUGGCUUUGCUUCUGGUGUGCUGAAUUAAUAAUGGCAUAAAUAAUGCAUCUGAUUCACUUGGUGCAAGCCAGUUGCCGGUAUUGUUUCAAUCCGCUAAGGAAACAAUGGAAUUAUCUCCAUGCCCAUUUUAGAGUUAGUGACUUGUGAUUGGUUAAAAGCAUAGAAUUGUUUUUUAAUCAACAAAUUGUGCAUCUCAAAAAACAAAUCCAACCUGGGAAUAUAUUGAUCUAGCUCUUAUCCCACCCCUUUUUCACCCCUCCACCAAUUGCUGCAAUUCUUGCACUUGUUGUAACCACCACCAUGUCCCUAGAACCCAUCUCCACCACUGUGGUGAAAUCACGGAAAUCCUUUCCAGCAGUAGCAGCGGCAGCAGUCCAUUUUCCAUACAAGUCCAGUCUCUGGCUGACAGAAAAAAAGUGAAGCCUGAUUCAGCAGUACAGGACAUAAACAAACACGGCACUAAAGUGAAAGUGUGUUUUUGUAAUUGUGACAAGUACGAGAGAGGAGGGAGCCUCGACCAUGUUCCUUGGGGAUCCAGUUACAAUUCUGCUGGCAGUUGUGUUGUGUCUAAUGGUGAUCAAUACACUUUAUAGGCAGAAAAAAGACAAUAUCGGAAAUUUCCCACCUGGGCCAAAGCCAUUACCAGUCAUUGGGAAUAUUCACAUUCUGAAUCUGAAGAGACCAUAUUUAACAUUUUUAGAGUUAUGGAAGAAGUAUGGAUCCAUAUUCAGCGUGCAAAUAGGAAGCCAGAAGAUGGUUGUGCUGUGCGGAUAUGAUAUUGUGAAAGACGCUCUUGUAAACCACACAGAGGAAUUUUCGGAGAGGCCGGAAAUACCUAUUUUUCAUGAUAUAACAAAGGGAUAUGGUAUAAUCUUUUCACAUGGAGAGAACUGGAAAGCAAUGAGAAAAUUCACCCUUUCCGCAUUACGAGACUUUGGGGAGGGAAAGAAAUCCAUAGAAGAUAAAAUUAAUGAAGAAUGCGAUUAUCUAGCAAAGAAGAUUAAAUUGUAUCAAGGAAAGGCAUUUGAUAACUCUAUGAUUAUGAAUGCGGCUGUGGCUAAUAUCAUUGUAUCUAAGCUGCUUGGUCAUCGGUUUGACUAUGAGGAUCCUACAUUUCUGAAACUCUUGAGUUUAUUUGAUGCAAAUUUUAGGCUUAUGGGGAGUCCUAUGGUUAUGCUGUACAACUUAUAUCCAUCUGUAAUGAGAUGGCUGCCUGGAAGUCAUAAAACCGUUGGCAAAAAUUCAGCUGAGACACAGAGCUUCAUUAGAAAGACCUUCAGAAAACACAGAGAUAAACUGGACGUCAAUGACCAGAGGAAUCUGAUUGAUGCUUUCCUUGUCAAGCAACAAGAAAAGAAAGAAAAUGCACAGUACUUUCAUGACGACAAUCUGACAACUCUUGUAUCCAAUCUGUUUGCUGCUGGAAUGGAAACAACAUCUAACACUCUACGUUGGGGCCUUCUCUUAAUGAUGAAAUACCCAGAAAUUCAAAAGAAUGUCCAGAAUGAAAUAGAAAAAGUGAUUGGAUGGAGCAAGCCACAAACUGAGCAUCGUAAAUCCAUGCCCUACACUGAUGCCGUUCUCCAUGAAAUCCAGAGAUUUGCUAACAUUGUUCCAAUGAAUCUUCCCCAUGCCACUGCUCAGGAUGUGACUUUUAAGGGCUAUUUUCUUCCAAAAGGAACCUAUGUGAUACCAUUGCUGACAUCUGUCCUGUAUGACAAAAGUCAUUUUGAAAAACCAAAUGAGUUUUACCCUCAGCAUUUUCUGGACUCUGAAGGCAACUUUGUCAGAAAUGAAGCGUUCUUGCCCUUUUCAGCAGGAAAAAGAAUUUGUGCCGGAAAGACAUUGGCUAAAAUGGAACUCUUCUUGUUCUUCACAAACCUCCUGCAGAACUUCACAUUCCAGGCUCCUCCUGGAGAAGAACUUGAUCUCACUCCUGCCACUGGGUUUACUACACCUCCUCUGCCCCAUAAUAUUUGUGCUUUGCCUCGAACUUAGAUUGUGACUAAAUACACACACUCCUAAAACGUUUUCAUUGCUUUGCUAUACUGUACAUAUAAAUAAAUGGAGACAUUUGCGUAGUGAUUGCAUCUCCUGGAGAAAUCUGA